GUGGCAUAUAUAAGCAAGAGGGGAGACGUGACAGGGUCCACAGUGGGUGACACCAUGCACUGAUGCUCGUCCACAUGCAUGCACACGCAUCACUAUCGGCCACUCAAGUGUCCCUAAAGCAGCAGUACAACAACAAGAACAAAGUGACGCAAGUAACCGGCACGAUGGAUGGACAUCACAAAGACCGCAGAAUGACUCACUUGUGGAUAUUGACUUUUUUGAUAUUAGUCUAACGUCUUGUUUUGCACUGGAUAACUCUCCCUCGAGCUGGAGUUUCUACCGCGGGAUUCUAUUUAUUUGCAUUUUGGAUCUCCCUCCCAGCGCCAGGAUUUGUGGACUAGAUACUUCUACGGAUACGCACAUCAAGCUCUAAAGGAUGGCCGUUAGGUUCACAUCUACCCUCGCAAUAGUUUUAACAUGUUUUACUCAGGUUCUGGGAUCAGGUGUGUUCGAGAUCGAUCUGCAUCACUUUGACAAUUCCAAAGCUUCGCUGGCCAGUGGAAGGAGCUGCGGCACGAGCGGCUGCAGGACGUUUUUCACCCUUUGCCUGAAGAAUUUCCAAACGGUGGUGACUCCCGGAGGUUGUCUUUUUGCCAAGGCCAUUACACCUGUUUUGGGCACUGACUCGUUCAACAUGCAGCCGGACGCCAGGCUGCGGUUUCCCCUCAACUUCACCUGGCCGAAUGCCUUCUCUCUCAUUAUUGAAGCUUGGCAUUCGUCUGCAGAGAAGCCUGGAGACACCACCAACCCUGAAUUGUUGAUUGGCUCUUUUGCCAUCCAAAGACAGUUGGGAAUAGGGAAUGAGUGGUCCCAGGAAGUGCAGAGCGGGAUGCAGACGGAGCUAAGGUACUCAUACCGCUUCAUCUGCAAUGACAAUUACUACGGGGACACUUGUUCCAAAAUAUGCACUGCCAGAGACGACCUUUUUGGCCACUACACCUGCAAGCCUGAUGGGCAAAUAGCGUGUCUGCCAGGAUGGAAGGGACAAUACUGCCAAGAACCAAUCUGUCUGGAAGGGUGCAAUGAAAAUAAUGGAAACUGCACAAUACCUGGAGAAUGCAAAUGCAGAGAAGGCUGGCAGGGCGUCUUUUGUGAUGUGUGUAAACUGCACCCGUCGUGUAAACAUGGUACCUGCAUGGAGCCGUGGGAGUGCGCCUGCAAGGAAGGCUGGGGGGGUAUUCUUUGUGACCAAGACCUGAACUACUGCACCCACCACAAGCCGUGCGCCAACGGGGCCACGUGCAUGAACACGGGCCAGGGCAGCUACACCUGCGCCUGCCUGCCGGGUUUCACGGGUGUCAACUGCGACUCGGAGGUCAGGGAGUGUGACGGACGGCCCUGUCGCAACGGAGGCAACUGCUUAGAGACGGAGAGUGGAUACAGGUGCGAAUGUCCGCUCGGCUUUACCGGGCCGCGCUGUGAACAGCGGACGCUGACGUGUAAGGACACGCCCUGCUUGCUCGGCGGCAAGUGUAAAGAGACGGAGAACGGCCAUCGUUACGUAUGCGAGUGUCCGGCGGGCUACACUGGACUCAAUUGUGAGAAGAAAGUGGAUAAAUGCACCUCACUACGAUGCACCAAUGGCGGCCAUUGCAUGCUGAACGGCAACUUGCGUGUGUGCAGCUGCCGCGCGGGCUUCACGGGCCUCCGCUGCGAGAUCAAUAUCAACGAGUGCGCCGCCAAUCCCUGCGCUAACGGCUCCACCUGCCUGGACCGUAUCAACGACUACACCUGCAUGUGCCCGCCCGGCUACGUCGGCCGCCACUGCGACAGGCCGGCCGACCGCUGCGCCGCCUGGAUCUGCCUCAACGGCGGAACUUGCACCGUCGGCGCCAAAGGCCGGCCUUCGUGCCUCUGCCCCGCCCAUUACAGCGGCCCUCAGUGCCAGUCCACGCACGUGCCUUCAUCCAACAGCCCCGAGACGGGCUGGGAAUCCAACGAGAAGCUCAACUGGGUGGCCGUCAGCUCGGGCGUCGGACUGGUGUCGACGCUGGUGCUCUCCUGUAUGUUCAUCGUGGUCAUGAAACAGGUGAAGAAGCAGAGAAGUAAACAGCAGGCCUCCGAGACCAUGAACAACCUUUCCAAAGCCGAUUUCCAGAAAGACAACCGUAUAUCAACACUGGAACUCAAAAACACCAACAAGAAGAUAGACUUGGAGGUGGAUUGCUCGAGCGAGAAGUCCAACCACAAACACAUCAACCACUUCCACACGGACUAUAAAACCUCCAUGGGGUACAAAGAUGAACAAUGCCUUCUAGACAAAGAUGAAAACUGUGAAAAGAUGAUAGAAGACAAAAAGCAUCUGAGUAGAAUCUACAGUGAAAAGCCAGAAUGCAGAAUAUCAACAAUAUGUUCCUCCAGAGACUCCAUGUACCAGUCGGUCUUUGUGAUAGCAGAAGAGAAGCAAGAAUGCAUCAUUGCAACUGAGGUGUAAAAAAUGUGACACUAAAUGGAAGAUGUGACCACCAUUUCUUGUGGACUGUUUACAAGCGUGGGGAGAGACGGGGAUUUAUUUAAAUGCAAAGUUGCUGCUCUUAAAAACUUGAUAACUGGACGGAGCCCGAGCGCUCGACGAAUGCAAUAGAACUAAAGCUACUAAAUUCCAGAAGAAUGUAAAGACUUUGGGACCCAACGUUGUGCAUAAGGAUGUUUGAGAUGGGUUUUUUUCCCCGACAUUCACGUACAUCUGAAGAUGUGAGGCCCGGAGGCUCGUAAUAAGACUGCAUGUUUACGAGGACAAGAGGACUUUGUUGAUGCGACUCCCCCCCCUUGCCUUCUUCGGGCAAUCGACACAUAAACUUGCGUGCGGCAAGCCUGGACGAGGAAUUGGCUUUUGGCAAUUUCUUUUAUAGUCCCAUGACCCAAAUACCAGCACGGCGCCUGUGUAAAAGUACUGAGAAAAAAAAGCCUUAUGUAAUAUUUAAGCAAAACAAUGUGCCCCCCCUGCCUUAUCUCAUCUUGAUUCCUUUACAUAGAGGGAAAAAAUAGAUGCAAAGCGAUGCAAUGCUAAAAAAUGCAGGGAAAAUCAUAAGGCCUUGAUCAUUUUUUUAAAAAAAAAAUCUUAUGCAAAAAAAAUCACAUUUAAAACAAAGAGAUAAGUGACUAUCGUACCAAGGACGCCUUCAAUGGAAAUUACUGAACCAAUAAUGUUAUUGUAGUAUUUCAUUAGUUAUUUAAGAGUAUGACGCACUGAUCUUUUCUUCUUUUUUUUUUAUAUAAGAUUAUUUUGUACAUAGUGUAUGUAUUUAUAUGUUAAGAUUAGAUGUUUGUAAGGUGAUGCGGCAAAAGUGUGAGUUUUUAUUUUGAAAGUGUUUUUUGGUGUUUAAUUAUUAUUCUCAUAUGGUUGUUAUGAUGUAGACAUAUAAGGACCGAAUCCCUUAACACAUAUCUGGUACACUGUUUUAUUUGUUGGUCUUCAAUGGUGGUCAAAUAGAGAUUUGUGCUUUUAAGUCAUCUAGAGUCUGUUUGGUAGCAUUUUAUGGAUUCCAUGUCUGUGUUCAAUGACAUCAUUGUGAGUGUGAUGUGAAAUCAGUGUGCUAGCAAUCAACAUUCGGUGGACACCUCUGUAGUUGGCAGCAGUGUAAAGAUCUACUCAAUCAAUUAUGAAUUGAAAUAUACGUAUAGAAAGAGAUAUAUACAUUUUUAAAAAAAUCUGUAUGCAGGAAUAAAUAAUCAUUGUGGUCUUUUAA